AUGACAUCGAAUAAUAAAGAAUUUGAUAGUUGGAGUGAUACUCCUCCUAAACAGGCUGAGGAAGAAAAAGGCUGGAGUGAACCGUCGAAAAAUUCCUCAAAGAAUGAGGACCGGAAAGGAAGUAAAGAUCGCGAACCAGAAGAUUUAGAUAAAUCUACUGAAAACGAAGGUUGGAGUUCAACAGUAGACAAACCUACUGAAAAUGAAGGCUGGGGUCCAGUAGAUAAAUCUAUUGAUAAAUCUAUUGAAAAUGAAGGUUGGGGCUCAGCAGUGGACAAACCUCCUGAAAAUGAAGGUUGGGGUUCAGUAGAUAAAUCCGUCGAAAAUGAAGGUUGGGGUUCAGCGAAUAGUAAUGGCUGGAACACUUCUACAACUGAUGAAUUCGCAAAGGAUUAUCAAAAACAAGACAAUCAAUCUCGUGGAAGACGUGGCGGCGGCCCCCGUGGAAGAGGGAGGGGAGGUCAACAAUACUCACGUAAUGACCGUGAAAAUUCUAGAAAUGAUUUUAGAGGAGAAUCAGAUUUUCGAGGUCAUAACCAACGGUCUACUUUCUCACGAAGUGGUAACAAUAAAUAUAAUGAUAAUAAUCGCGAGAAUGGUGGCAAGGAUGAAACUGUUGGUGAUAAAAAUCCGAAUGCGCAAAAAUCUGGAAACACUAAUGACAAUACACACACACCUAAGUCAGAAAAUACCCCUUACGUAAAUAAAGAUCGAGUUUUAUCCGGUGGGCGUGUCAGAGAGAAAGUUGACGAAGAAGAACUGGAAAAACGAAUGCAACGAAUUCGUCUUCAGAAUGAAAAGAUUAUAGAAAAACGAAAGAUGGUCGAAGAAGAUGAAGAAAGGUUUCAAGAGGAGGAGGAGAGAAGGAGACGAGACUUUCAAAAAAAACAGUUACAAGAACAACUCGAUAAUGAACGCGAAGAAAAUGCCAAACGUAAAAUUCAGAAUCGUGAUACACGAGAAUGGGAUAAGGAAAAGGAAGAAACUGGAUGGAGCUCUCCACGACAACAAAGAAAAAGCUCGGAAAUUCGUUAUUCUGCAAAUAAUCCUUACGUGAAGAAUGGGCCUGAGGGUCGCGGCAAUGAUAAUGACUAUGGAAAUCAUAGCAGAAGAGAUUCUCGAGGAAAUAAUGAUUAUGGUGGAUAUAAUUCACGUAAUAACGAAUCCGGAGGAUUUGGAUCAAGAAAUUAUCGCGGUGAUAGUAACGAGUAUCGACGAUCUGGACCAAGAAACAAUCGUGGUGAAAACAAUGAGUACGGUGGUUCAAGAGGUGGUUAUCGAGGAGGCGCUGGUGAAAACAAUGAGUACGGUGGUUCAAGAGGUGGUUAUCGAGGAGGCGCUGGUGACCGUGGGAGAGGGCGUGGAUCAGGUGGGAAUUUACGCAGACCUACAAGACGGUAUAGCGAUCAACAUCGAUCCAAUAAAUCUACAGAAGAAGGAGGCUUCGGUAGCGGCAAUAGUUGGGCAGAACAACAGGAACAGGAAGAAAUGUCAGGAAAAGCUAACCUUCCUUGGGAAUCAGAUGCAAACGAAGAUGCAGGAUGGGAUAAUUCUAGUGGCCGGAAUAAUUCCUCUGCCAAAAAAGAAGAAUGGGAAAAAGUGAUUUCCAAUCAAGAUGAUGGGUGGGGUAAAAAGGGUAAUCCGGAGGAACAUUGUGGUUGGGAUUAA